AUGGUCAGCUGCGUGGCGCUGCUCCGCGAGGCCUCCCCAUCCCCAUGGAGCGUGCUCGGCUGUGUGGCGGCGGUGCUGGUCCUGUGGUGGGCGGCGCAGGUGCUGGAGUGGGCCUGGUGGGCUCCCCGGCGAAUGGAGCAGAUCCUCAGGGCUCAGGGCCUGAGUGGCACCCGGUACCGCUUCCUGUGGGGCGACCUCAAGGAGGAGAGCCGGCUAACGGCGGUGGCCCUGGCCAGGCCCAUGCACUCGGACCGGCCCCACGACGUCUUCCCGCGCGUUUCCCCUCUCCUCCACCGUGUCCUCGAGGAGCAUGGUAAACUCUCGUUCAUGUGGUUCGGGACGACCCCAAGAAUUACAGUCACUGACCCUCAGCUGGCCAGGGAAGUUAUGUCGAACAAAGAUGGCUGCUUCGUGAAAACGAAGAUAACCACUCGUGUCACCAAGCUUCUGUUUGGUGGGGUUGCGAUUCUUGACGCCGAAAAAUGGGUCAAGCAUAGGAGGAUUCUGAAUCCGGCCUUUCAUGCGGAGAAGCUCAAGGGGAUGUUGCCGGCGUUCUCUGCAGCUUGCAGCGAUCUAAUUUGCCGAUGGGAGAACUUAGUUGCUGAUUCUGUCGGAACAAAAGAGCUGGACGUAUGGUCUGAAUUCCAAAAUUUAUCAGGGGAUGUCAUAUCAAGAGCUGUUUUCGGUGUCAGCUACCAAGAAGGCAGACGAAUUUUCCGACUUCAAGCUGAACAAGUUGUUCGCGUUACCAAUGCUUUCAAAACAAAUCACAUCCCAGGCUUCUCUCUUUUACCGACAGAAAACAACAUAAGGAUGAAGGCUAUCGAUAGGGAGAUCAAGACGAUCCUAAGGGGAAUAAUAGAGAAGAGACAUGAGGCCAUGAAGAACGGUGAACCCACCAAAGAUGACUUGCUCGGCAUUCUAUUAGAGUCAAACAUGAAUUACACAGAUUCAGAUGGAAAAUCCAGCCGGGGAAUUACCCUAGAAGAAGUGAUCGAAGAAUGCAAGCUGUUCUACUUUGCAGGAACGGAGACUACCGCGGUCCUGCUGACAUGGACAAUAGUAGCCUUAAGCAUGCAUCUGGAGUGGCAAGAUCAAGCCAGGGAUGAAGUUUUGGAAGUCUUUGGGCAAAACAGUCCAGAUUUCAGUGGUGUUAGUCGCCUAAAAGUUGUGACGAUGGUGUUGUAUGAGGUGCUACGUCUUUAUCCUCCGGCGUUGUUUAUUAACCGUCGGACGCACAAGCAGACAGAGCUUGGAGGCGUCACGUACCCACCGGAUGUCAUGCUUGUGGUGCCCAUCAUGUUCAUCCACCGGGACCCUGCCCUUUGGCGGCACGACGCCGGCGAGUUCAACCCGAGGAGGUUCGCCGAGGGCGUGUCCAAGGCGUGUAGCGACCCGGGCGCCUUCAUCCCCUUCAGCUGGGGACCCCGCAUCUGCAUCGGCCAGAACUUCGCGCUGCUGGAGGCGAAGUUGGCCAUCUGCAUGAUCCUGCAGCGCUUCGCGUUUGAGCUCUCUCCGGCGUACGUUCACGCGCCCUACAACGUCCUCACGCUUCACCCGCAGCACGGCGUUCUGGUUAGGCUGCGCCGUCUCUGA